GUGGCGGCGGCGUGCGCCGCCAUUAAGCGCCGGGUGCUCCCCACCGUGCGGGGCCUCACGCUCUCCUGUAGGAUAUUUGUAAAGGUCUGGCGGUACCUGCCCGCUGCGAGGAUGGACAGCGAGGUGCAGAGGGAUGGCAGGAUCUUGGACCUGAUCGACGACGCGUGGAGGGAAGACAAGCUGCCCUACGAGGACGUGGCCAUCCCGCUGAAUGAGCUUCCUGAACCAGAGCAAGACAAUGGUGGCACAACCGAGUCUGUGAAAGAACAAGAAAUGAAGUGGACGGAUCUGGCUCUCCAGUAUCUCCAUGAAAACGUUCCUCCCACAGGAAACUAGCGAAUCAGUCAGAUUUCAUGCAGGGGAUGCAUGAAUGUGAUAUAAAAAUUAUUUUUCAUCUGACCAUCAUUGUCAUGAGCUUCUCUAAGGAGGAAACAAAGUUCCUGAAGAAGGCUUGAUUUCAAACUACUCAGUGACUAAACACAGUUUAACAUGCUUCUGUAAUCUGUGUGAAAUAACAAAGGCUAUCUGAAACCUCAGAGCUAACAUCAGAAUGUUUCUCUUUACUUAUGUAACAUUAUUUUAUAUCUUCUGUUAACUUAUUCUUAAGUCGGUGCCAAUUUUGUUCUUAAAUGUUUUCUACAUGUGAUAUAAAAGUAGUUUUUACUGUCUGACGUUGUUCUUUCCUUUCAAAUCUCACGAUGGGAUCAUGUGUGACUCUGAAGGCUCAUGUUCCAAGUAUAACUGUAUUUUGUGGUUAGAGCUCACUAUAGAAAACCCAAAUAACCUUGAGUGAGUUGUUACCAUCUUUAACCAGUGUGUGACUUGAAUGAAAGGCUGGUCAGUCAGAUUCUAGGGCUGGAAGUCACAUGUAAACACAAGUGUCUGUUUGAACUCAUCUCAGGAUAUGAUGGUGGCGUUGGACAACAUCUCUAGUGGUGACAUCCUGGGGAUGUUUGCCAACGUGCAUUCUGUAACCAGUCUAAUUUAUGCUGAAAUGGGGGUUACUCAGAAUCAUUGUCUUUUGACAGAUGUUUGAGAGUUACAGGGAAGAGUCUGCCAGUCCCAGUCUAUUGACUGAUGAUAGCUGCUUGGAUGAGCUGUCUCACAGGGGAAACAGCAAUCUAAGGGAAGUGGUGGGGAAAAGAAACAAGUGGAGUUUAGCUUCAGGCAAUAAAUUGUUACCUCUUUUAAUGCUGAGAAGAAAGGCAAGGCCCUCUUGAUUUCGUUACCUCAUUUUAUCUCUGAUUCUCAAAUGUCUUUUGCAAUAGGUAAAAGCCUUCUGUUCAUCUUGCAUGUUUCACUGUUGGACCGAUUCCUUCGCACCAUUGGCAGAACUUGCUAAGGAGAAAAUAUUUUGACAGAGUUUAGGAUUGCUGGUAAAAGUGAGAAAUGAACUGGAAGGAAAACAAUGUUUCAAAUGAUUUUCUGUUGCCAGUGCACCAGGAAAAAAAAAAAAAAAAAAUACAUUUUCCUGGAACUCGCAGCUUUCAGAUUCCACAGAAGUUUUUUGGUGUCUUUUCACAAUGUUUAUCCUCUUCAAAAUUAACAAAAUCCAAUUAAAAUUAAUAAAACUU